AAUCGGGUGAAACUCACUCCCAUUCGCGGCGUGGAGGGGUCCGACUAUAUCAACGCCUCCUACGUGGACAGUUACAGUUCCCGAUCAGCCUUCAUUGCCACGCAGACUCCGCCUGCGGAAUGCUUGGAUGAUUUCUGGCGUAUGGUUUGGGAAACGGGAUCCUGUAUCAUCGUCCAGCUUGAUCGAAGGGUUGAAGACAGUGUGCCAGAUGCCCCCUACUGGCCAACAGAUGAGCCAAUCAGAUUCGACUAUGUCGUGGUUGAGCCGGUCGCCGACUACGGAAUGCCGGCCUAUAUC